UAUACCACCCGUUUGUUGCCUGUAUAUAUAUACAAUAUGCAUGCUAUUGUGCGCGCAAAGUUCAUAAGUCGACAUCUCUCUCAAUCUUCACUAAACCAAAGAGUUUCCAAAGUCUCGCGCUGUGCAGUAGACUAUUCUAUGGCUGCCAUUAAGGUGCGCUGCAAGUAAACUUGAAACCAUACCCUCAGAAACUCAUGAACAAUCGAUCAUGUCGGCCAAAAAGAACGACCUCAUGACCUUCAACUUCCGAGAGAUGAAAUUUGAACCAGCUUGUACUCAUGAUCCACAAAAAGUGGCAGCAUUAAUGCUAGCCAAAUAUGUAUUCUGGUUCACAGCGGACGAUGCGAAGGCAAAUUAUUGGGAGACGCUUUCAGAAGAUCAACCUCAGGUUCAGGAGAUAGUGAAGGCUUUCAUUGCGCUGAGAUCCGCAAAAGAUAAUCCCUGGACGCUUAUUGACGGUUCUACCAAAAAGGAGGUUGGCGUCGACGUGCUGAAAAAGAAGAAUAUUCUAUUAAUCAUUUCGGGCUUCUCUAAAGACGAUAUCUCGAAGUUGAACUCAAUCUAUGAAUUAGAAGCAACGCCGAAGAAGGACAAUUAUAAAAUUGUAUGGAUCCUAAUGGUGGAGCAGAUCAGCGCCUGGACCGAUGAGGUGUUGGAUAUGCUACAAUGUACUAUUGAGGCAAGACCGUCUAAGAAAGCGUGGUACGUAUUGCCGUGCUUUUCUCAAGCUGCAUCAAGCAGCCAAUUCAUGAUGAUGAGUAAGGAGUGGCAGUUCAAGAAUGAGUUGAUCAUGAUGGUGCUGGACCUAAAAGGUAAAGACAAAGUCACAAAUGCAUUCCGCCUGAUUAUAAAGCCAACGACGGAAAUGAAUGCCUCAGCUUCCACUAACUCAGAUGAAAAGGCGCAAAAACCUAGAGGGCAAACGGAGAAAAGUAGUGUAAUUGUGUCUUCUGAAGGACCGCAGAAAAGAAGUUACGAAUUCUACUAUAGAGGCACCAACGAUGCAUGGAACGAUACAUUUUUGGCGAAAGCAAAUAAAGUGGGUCAAGAUGUGCUCAUAAUCCAGUUAGGCAUUUCAGUAAAGUCGUUCAAGGUUUCAUCCGAGAUGGAUAUAAAAAGGGCUAAUAAACGUUUAAAGGACGUAAAUCAUGAUGAUACAAAAUUCUCGAAUGAUACGAGCGUAUCAUUGGUUGUGCUAAUAGAGGAAGACAAAGUGCUGAAGUCUGGUCAUGGGGAUAAAAUGCUGGGCGUCUUGGAGCGUUUUGACGAGCAAUGGAAGAAGGAAGUUGAAAAAAAAGGCUUCGCUAGAAGUUUCAUGGAUAGCUAUGAGAAUUCUAGGUAGUUAGGUUAAUUGACGGCGCCAUCAUGAUUGCAUUGCAUGCAGUACUUGAUUCCAUGAUGCAUGGCUACUGCUUCACUACCAAAUAAAAAUCAAGUGUUCGUCUAAGUUUUAUUUGUAGCAGCUUGUGCCACUACUAGUAUGAAGUAUCAUCAAUCAUGUGUAAUAGUACGUACGUAUGAAGUAUCAUCAAUUAUGUCGGCAAUGUUGUACGUUUGUCAUGUUGUGAAUGUUCUUUGCUUAAUAAUUUAGUUACGUUUUAAUAUGUAAUAGCGUCUCGUACGUUUUACAAGGUGAUCUUACAGAUUAUCCAUUUGGAUUUACAGAGAUUUUCCUUCUAUGAAGAAUCAUUUUCCUGCUAA